AUGGUUUCACUCAACUAUACAUUCGGGUUAGGUCCUCUCAAGCUGCUCAACAAAGGCUCUCGUCUAAGGCCAUGUAGAGUGAAAUGGGAAGACAAUAACCACAUCACAGACAAUAACCAAACGGGAAGACAACAAGGAGGAGAUGCACACUUGGAAGCUCACACUGUGGAAGACCGCAAAGAGAUACGGAAGUGGACACCAACAGAGGACGUUGUGCUUAUCAGUGCUUGGUUGAACACUUCAAAGGAUCCGGUUGUUGGUAAUGAGCAAAAAGCAAUUGCUUUUUGGAAACGAAUUGCGUCUUAUGUUGCAGCAAGUCCAAAGCUUGCUGGUUUGCAAAAGAGAGAGGCAAGUCACUGCAAACAAAGGUGGGGAAAAAUUAAUGAGGGCAUAUCUAAGUUUGUAGGCUGUUAUGAUGCUGCAACAAAAGAGAAAUCAAGUGGCCAGAAUGAGACUGAUGUGAUGAAAAUGGCUCAUGAGAUUUUCUUCAAUGAUUACAAGGUGAAGUUCACACUUGAGCAUGCAUGGUUGGAGCUUCACCAUGAUCAGAAAUGGUGUGGAGCUUCAACUACUAAAGAUAAAGUGCAGUCAAGAAGAAGGAAGCUAGAUGACCAAUCUGCUCAGUCAUCAACCUAUGUGCCAGGAGAGGAAGAUCAAUCCGCAAAGCCUGUUGGUGUUAAAGCAACAAAGGCGGAAGCUAAAAGUUCUGUGAGCAAGCCGAUUUUGGAAGAGGAAAGAAGGGAGUUUCAGAGCAUGUGGGAGAUUAGGCAGAAGGACUUUCCUUUGAAGGAGAAGCUGAACAAGCAGAAAUUGCUUGACAGCCUAAUUGCCAAGACUGAGCCACUUAGUGAACUAGAACUUGCUUUGAAAAAUAAGCUAAUUUCAGUGUUAGUUUAUGGAUGUUUAAUGCUUAUGCUUUGUGUUUCUCUUAAUGCUUUUGGUCAGUGUCUGAUGUUUAAUGCUUAUGCUUUGUGUUUCUCGAGUCUGUAA